UGGUGACUUCACCUUAGACUCUCCAUGUAUUUGCAAGUUUGGAAGAUCUAUUAAAAUUGAAACGAAGACAAAGUAAGACUAGAAAAAAGGAUUAAGAAGUAGUAAACUUUUGGUGUGAGUGUUCUGCGCGCGCCGCAUCAACAAUAAUUUCUCAAACAGCGUCGUUUAAGUUAAAGAAACACAUUAGACUAGGCAGAUCAUUAUGGCUGUACAUUCCGAAUCAGCUUCAUCAGAGAAGAAAUCAAGCAAUGGAGUGAAUGAGUUGCUGACUUUUAAUGCUGAGAAUAUGCAAAGCAACAUGAAAAUUAUCUAUUACAGCCGAACAUUUUUAUCUAUAAUUGGUGGCGUUGUUGCUGGAAUUUUGGGAUUUACAGGCUUGAAAGGAUUUGUGUUUUAUUUACUUCUCAUGGCACUUACUUCACUUGGGCUUGUGGCCAAAGCAAAAUUUUCAACCCACACAUACUUUGACUCCUGGAAUCGAGUGCUACUUGAUGGCUUUCAGGGUGGCCUAAUGUCGUUCGUGCUGUUCUGGACAUUUGCCUAUGACAUUGUUCAUAUAUUUUGAUGGACGGAAUGUGCAAAUGUUUCAAGGGAAGGCUAUUUUGACAUUCGUUGCUGUUAUUGAUCCUUGCCGGAAUGCCGUUACAUCCUCCAAGAUAGCUUUCAUGAUGUUUUUAAACUGAGAUUUAGUGUCAGAAUUUUGUCUGUUUGUGUAUCAUUUAAAAAAGUAUCUCAAGUGGGAAGGAGGCAUAAUGUUAUCCUUUAUUUGUGGCUGCCAGAUUGGCGUCUGGGAUAUUGUCCUUGAAGUUUGCUUCCUGAUAUAAAUUGCAAUUUGUAUCGAAUUUUAGUUUAGGCUUAUUGUACUUCAGUCCUUUUUAGUGCCAUUAUAGCUUUUACUUAAUUUUAA